ACCGGCCGGAACAACCCUCCUCCCGGCACCCGGGAUGAGGAUUUCUCGACUGCGUUCACUCCAUUCCAGACUUGAGAAUACUCAGCAGUCCGUGAAGUACUCCGGAGGACUCCCUACUGCUUGGCUUUCAGUUCUAGAAUUGCACCCAACGACCAUCUGGAUCGACCGAGGGACCGGACGUUGAUUGCCAGAAGAUCCCCUCGCUGUCAUCACGGGACCGGGUCGGGUCGGCCUCGGGCAUCAGCAUGCCGGCGGUUCAUGCGGACUUGAGUGCGUCCGUGUUCCCCUCGGAGCACGAGCUCCCCCUCGACGUCUAUCCACGCCAGGUCACCCUGCGCGAUCGCGUCACCGUCGCCACCCUCAUCCCCCUGUCGCCCGAGGAUGAGGUCCCCCGCGCCUUGCUCCUCUACCUGUCCGACCAGCUGAACAAGGAGAUCGAGAAGGGCGACACCUACGCCAUGAUCGACCCCAUCCCCUUCUCCCAGUUCGACGCCUACUGGUUCUCCAGCUUCGGCGCCAUCAUGAUCUUGGGCGACAUCAAGAGCCUCCAGGAGAUGCAGGCCAUGGACCGCGCCGGCGCCAACUGGUCCAAGCUGUGCCUCGGCAGCUUCAACGUCCGCCCCAACUACCCCGGCCGCAGCAAUCACGUCUGCAACGGCAUGUUCCUCGUCACCGACGCCGCGCGGAAUCGGGGUGUCGGGCGGCUGAUGGGCGAGGGUUAUCUCGAGUGGGCCCCCAAGCUGGGCUACACCUAUGCCGUCUUCAAUCUGGUGUACGAGAGCAACGUAGCCUCGUGUCGCAUCUGGGAUGCCCUGGGCUUCAAGCGCAUCGGCAAGGUCCCCGGGGGCGGUCGGCUGCUCUCCAAUCCGGGGCAGUACGUCGACGCCAUCAUCUACGGACGCGAUCUCGGCCCGGAGGGGGAGGACUCCUUCACCCAGGACCGAUUCGACAAGAUCCGAUAUUAUCUGAAACACUCCAAGUACCCGCGCGGGGCGGACCGCGCGGAGAAGAGCCGCCUUCGGAGUGCCGCCACGCACUAUAAGCUGAUCGAAGGCGACGGGGACUCGGAGAAGUUGAUGCUCAAGGACAAGGAGGUCGUCUCGGAUCCCCAGCAGCAGUACACCAUUGCCCAGGAGAUGCACGACCAGCAACAUGCGGGCAUCAACAAGACCACCGCCGCUAUCGCCGUCCAGUAUCACUGGGUGCGCAUCAAGGAGACCGUCAGCCGCGUCAUCCGGGACUGUCCGCAGUGCAAGGAAACCCUGAAGCUGCCGCUGACCGGUCCGUUCCUGCGGGGCGACGACCCUAUGGACACGACGGCGGCCGAGGCCAAGCCCGACCCGGCCGUCGACGGCGCCCCCCACCAUCACCAUCAGGCCCCGUCCACGGCCGAUACCCUGAGCUCCCACCCCCCUCCCCUGGACCCGACGGCCCUCGACGCGCCCGCCAACCAGCAUCCGUUCAUGUCGACACACACCGCGGUGAUACCGGGGUCCGUCGAGUCGAUGGGCGACUACACCACCCUGCCGCUGGACCCGCAGAUCAUGGACAUCCACCAACCGUUACCCCGCUUCCCGACCCACGACGUGAUGACCGACCCCUACGCGCACGGGGCACACGGCUUGUCCGGAUCCCACUUCGACGACGACGUGCGGCAUCACGCGGCCCACGACUACAUGCUGGUGCAUGACACGUCCGACGCAGACGCAGGCGCCGCGUUACAUCAAGAGGCACUAGGGCUGGUCCAUUCGCAGGCGAACGACGUCCUAGCCAAAUUUCAGUAUGUCGGACAACCGGACGAUGAUCUCGAUUUUACCUGAUCCGACUUUUCUUUCUUCCUCCCUUUCUGUUAAGGUUCCUGGUUCUUUGUCGAUUCGUAGAUUUCGGGAGCAUGGGGUCUGGCGUUUGAGUGACGGGGAAGAGGGGGGUUGGGGUUUAGGUGAAUACGCC